AUGACAGGAGGCAUCCCGUCCCCUUCUGGAAUGGAGCACUGGCACAAACAGAUCUGGUGGGCACACUUACCGGGCCAGGUUGUCGCGCCGCUUUGUGCCUUCACCGGGGUGCGAUAUGUCCCGAUUCAAACCCCGACCCUCCUAUUGGCACUGAUAUAUGGAUUGACGCUCGGCUUUGGCAUCACACUCGGAUAUCAUCGUCUCUGGGCGCACAGAUCCUUCCGCGCCCACGUCACCCUCCGAGUCUUUCUAGCGGCGGUGGGCGCCGGAAAUGCCCAGCGAUCGAUCAAGUGGUGGGUCACCGGCCACCGGGCACAUCAUCGGUAUCUUGACACGGACCUCGAUCCAUAUAACGCGCGCAAAGGCCUGUUGCAUUCCCACGUCGGCUGGUUACUAGUGCGACCACCCACCAAUCACUGGGGUGUGGACAUCUCCGAUCUCGAGAGCGACGCCGUGGUCAUGUGGCAGGACCGCUAUUUCAUCCCUUUGUCGGUCACUAUGUGUCUGGUAGUUCCGGCUCUGGUGUCCUGGAUGGGCUGGGGGGAUUUUUGGGGCGGACUCUUGUAUGCUGGGUUGUGGCGCAUGGUUGUUGUAUUUCACUGCACGUUCACAGUGAAUUCCCUUGCGCAUUGGGCCGGGCAGCAGCCAUUCUCCAGAACGAUCACGGCUCGCGACAACCGCCUCGUCGGCUUGUUGGCAUUGGGGGAAGGGUAUCAUAAUUUCCAUCACGAGUUUCCUAUGGACUACCGCUGUGGAUUCCGACGGUAUGAUUUGGAUAUGACCAAGUGGGUCAUCAGACUACUCGCCACACUGGGCCUCGCCACUCACCUGCACACCGUCAGUGAUGUGGUUAUCCAGAGCUGCCGAGAGCCGCACCGUGGUGGUGGUCGUAUCGAAGCCAAGAGCUCGCCCUCUGACUAUGUUCCGGUGAUCGAUUGGGAGGAUUACACGCAACAGGCAGCAAGUGGCCGUGCCAUGGUUGCGAUCGCUGGAUUCGUCUAUGAUAUCACCGAAUUCGUCGAGCGACACCCCGGGGGAGAAGAGGUUCUGCGCGCAGCGAUUGGACGUGACGCGACGGCGAUGUUUUAUGGCGGUGUCUUCUCCCAUUCAGUCACAGCGAGCAGCCUGCUGUCUACCAUGUGUGUGUAUGUGAUUCGGGGUGGUGGACGCGUGGAGAUCCGUCAGAAAACAUAGUAUUACAACUAGGUUUGGUUUCAGGGUGGCCCAAUGCCAACCUAUAUAUACACCCUGCUUUAUCUUUCGUGGUCUUUACUGUUUGGCCGCCCAGCAUGAAUUCUGUUCUCUCAGGAGACUGGAUCCGCAUACCUGCCAGGCAGGGAGUCCGCGCUAUAGUAGAAGUAUUGUUGCAACCUCUUAGGGAUGAAAAUAAAUUACCCAAACCUAAA